UGUCUGGAGGACCUUCUCAAAUCAACCAAAGCUGUAGCGCCAACAGUUCCAGACCCUGGUCUCCAAACUGCACUUACUGGGGCUGCUCGAAAUACGCAGGUUUGUCUCACAGACCUGAAGCACUGCUUUGCCACCGCGGAGCCAAUACUUAGGCGCGAUCCCAACGCUUUGCCACCACCGGCACCAACAGGCUUGUUGCAGUCCUCUCCGCGAGUGCUGAUAGGCGCGGGCAAUUCAAGUAAUGUGUUCGGUGGCUCGAUUCCUGAAGUAGAUGAGGAACUUGAGAAUGAUAAUGUUGACACUGAGAGGGGUGCAGAAAAAUCUCAUUUGGCUAUCACUAAUCUUAAGGAAAAGUCAGAGGGUAAGCGGGGUUCUGCAUUGGCUGCGACACAGCUCGAACUUGAAGAGCAAGGGAAGGCGGCUGAUUCGGCGAUGAUUAGGUUGACGGCAGAAAACCGGAUUCGAGAGCUCACGCACGAGCUGCAGACAGGCUCAUCCAGGCUUCUUCCUGGUGAAACUGUAAGUGUAUAG